CCAGGCCCACAUCAAAUCGCAUCGGCCCCCUCCCCGACGACCAACCGACCGAACCCCAAGGAACCGCCUCCGGCACGCACGCAGUCCACAUCAACAGCGCCUCCCCACAACCAUGUCGAUCAAGGUCACUCUGAACGACGAAGCCGCCGUCCUCCAGGCCAUCCGGUCGGUCCGCAACGACACCGACUCCACCAACUACGUCGUCGUCGGACAUGUGAACGAUGAUCCCAACACCCUCGGACUGGUCGCAUCCGGAGCCGAGGGCCUCGAGGGCAUUCGUGCCCAUCUCCGAGACGACCAGGUUCUCUACAGUCUCCUGCGAAUCACUACCAAGGUUGACUUGAGCACCACGGUCAAAUUUGUCUUUAUCUACCACUUUGGCGAGAGAAUCAGCUUUGUGAAGAAGGGCCGUUUCGGCAUCGUCAAAGGCGACGCCGUCAAGUACUUCCAGCCGUACCAUGUUGACAUUGAAAUCAGCAGCAUUGAGGAGCUGCUGGAAGAAGAGAUUUUGAAGAAGGUCCAGGAUGCCGCCGGAACUUUCGACCGGGUGCAUGACGCCGACUUUGUCGAGGGCAAGCAGGUCCGAGGCUACACCUCCAACAUGUCCAGCACCACGGGCCUGAAAGCCGCGCCUCCUUCGAUCCCAAAGACCACCCAGCCUGUGCCAGUCACCCCCAACUCGACCCCGUCGUUUGCCACAGACCGCAAGCCCGCCGCGACGGCUCCACGCACUGCUGCCAAGGGCCCCACCGUCGGUGUCGUUGCCACCCAGUCGCAGGGACUGAAUCUGACCCCUCAGAUGACCGAGGCAAUCCAGGACGUCAAGAACGACAAGAGCAAAGCAACCUGGGUUGUUGGAAGCUACAUUGACGGCGAUCUGGCAAAGCCCAUCGACCUCCUGGCCUCGGGUGAGGGCGAGGCCGACGAUAUCAGACAGCACCUGGAUGCCAGUGCGAUCUCCUACGGCCUGGUCCGCGUCACCGACGUAAUCGAUGGUCACGCCACAAUCAAGUUUGCCUUCUUUUCAUGGAUUGGCCCAAACGUCUCGAUUAUGAAGAAGGCCAAGAUUGCCACCCACAAGGGCGCUGUGUCCGAGAAGUUUGGGCCCUACCAUGUCGACAUUGUGGCAUCUGAGCUCUCGGAGAUCUCACACUCGCGCAUCAUGAGCAAGGUGCAGGAGGCCUCCGGAUCAAAGGCCUAUCGUCAUUGAACAGAUUGAGGCUCAAAGCUCGUUCGCUAUCCAGGCGGAGACGACGAGAGCGAGCACGAUGCGAGUGUGCGCUCGUGGCACUUGAUUGGCUCAUAUUUUCGGAAGGACCAUCGCCGCCGUAUCCGAUUGCUUUCGAGGAGGCCACUCUGAUGGAAUGCUGGAUGGAAUCACCAAUGGAUCUGAAAUAAAUGUCAGGCAAACGGUUUGUAUUGCCUGCUGUUGAUGAUA